AUACUCGCUAGUGAAGAAAUGGAGUCGUCGAAAGCGGUGAAGCUGAGGCCAAUAGAGGCAACAGCGGAAAGCUUCGAAGAUUACGGUCAGGUGAUUGAGGCAUCUCCGGACGGUGAAGAAUUCGGUCCUCGGGAUGCCCAAUUAGACCUUAGCAGAGGAAUUCCCAGGUUCUACAUCAUGCACCUUCAAGAUCGCCCGCUCAAGUUUUCCGCCAUCACGCAUCAUGCAAAUGUGACACAGUGCCUUGGAUCAACUGGUGGUCAUGUCUGGUAUCUUGGAGUUGCUAAACCAUCCAUUGUUGAUUCAGGGGAAGUUCAAAAUUACUCUUCUGGGGAGAUUGUGCAGUCAAAAUGUGGCCAUUUCUAUGAGUCUCCUGCCAUUGAUGAUGUGCGUGUUUUCAGGAUUUCCGGUCCCAAGUUCCUUAAGCUUAACCGUGGGACGUGGCAUGCAGGGCCUUUAUUUAAGGCAGAUACGAUGGACUUCUACAAUUUAGAAUUGAGUAAUACCAAUAUGGUGGAUCACACAACACAUGAUUUCAUCAAUGAAAAUGGAGUUUUCUUCUCUAUUGAUGACUAGUACUGGAAAAUGUCUUGCUCAAUGUCCAUGUGAGUUAAAGGUCUCUGUUUGACUAUUCUAGCUUUAUGGUUCUGUUUUACUUGUGUUCUCAAGACUUCUUUUCACUGUUAAGAUACUAUAUUAUAUAAAUACAUCAAUACACAUUUAGAUUUUUUUUUU